AUGAAGAGCACAAUAAUAGCCUUACUUGGGAUGGCCACCCUGGGCAAUGGCCAAAGCAAUUCAGCUGCAUCGUCCUCAUCGCUUGAGGUCGUCACCUUGACCGGCUCACAAAGAACACACAACUCACCAUUCACACGCAAGAACAACGCAGCACGAAACCAGGAGUAUCCUGUAACACAGCAACUCAACGACGGAAUCCGGGUUCUUCAAGGCCAGGCCCACAUGGUCAAUGGCACUCUUUACUAUUGCCACACUUCCUGCGAUCUCCUCAACGAAGGCACAGUAGAAGACUACCUUCGCCAAGUUGUUGCAUGGGUGGAGACACAUCCUUUCGAAGUUGUCACCAUAAUCUUUGGAAACUUCGAUUGGGCGCAGAAGGACUCAGAAGGCAAUUCGCUAGUAACUUCGGUCGACUUCGAUGUUCCCGUCAGAUCUUCUGGCCUUAUCGAUUACAUUUAUCAACCACCCAAGACUGCAAUGACGGUCGACGAUUGGCCGUUACUAGGCCAGAUGAUCCUUUCCCAGAAACGCGUCGUCACGUUCAUCGACUACGGCUUUGAUACUGGGGCCGUUCCUUACAUGCUCUGGCAAUUCUACAACGUCUGGGAAACGCCAUUUUCGCCAACGAAUGGCAGCUUCCCCUGCACGAUCGGAAGACCGGAGGGAAUUAGCGACGACCAGGCAAAGAGCAUGAUGUACCUUGCUAACCACAAUCUGAACGCAGAAAUUGCAAUUGGAGGAACUAGCAUCUUGGUUCCGAACACUGCGCAGAUCAACCAGACCAAUGCUGUGAGCGGGGAAGGAAGUUUGGGGUUGAUGGUGAAUGACUGUGCAGAGAAAUGGGGUCGCCCGCCUAACUACCUCAUCGUCGACUUUUACAAUCAAGGCCCGUCGAGUGGAUCGGUCUUCGAGGCUGCCGCUCGUGCCAACGGCGUGACUUACAAUCGCCCAUGCUGUGGCACAACUACACGCUCAUCAGCUUCGUUGAAUUUCCGUCCUUCGUUCGGAUGGCUUGAGUCGGCUAUUUUCUUGACCGCGAUCAUGAUCUUUUAA